UUUAUUUUAAUUAUAAGAACAAUCGAAGGAAAGCCAAAGCCCUAUCUUUCUAUAUUGUUCAUAGUUUCCAGAUUAUCGUUUUUACUGUUCUCUUUUCAAAUCUCUCUCCAUUUUCGUCGGCUUUCCAGAUCAUGAAGCAUGAUUCAAAUAUGGAGGCAGAGUCAACUCUGCCUGAAUGCGAAGAGAAGGACGUAGGUAGUCCUGAUGAACAGACGGACGAGGGAAAUGUAGAAAAUUUCUCAACAGAACAUGAAGGUAAGAGAAAAGAAGCUCCUACAGAACAAGUAGAUGACAUGAAAGAAGAUGCGACUGAAUUCGGUAACACGUCUGAAGCUGGAAAGUCUAAUGAAAAGUGCAUUGCAAAAGGGUCGCGUAAAAAGAAAACUAUAAAAGUUUUGAAGGUAAAGCAAAAAAUUGUAAAGAAAUCCCCUGCUAGCAAUGCAUUGAGGACCAAAAAGGCACAGGUUGAACAGGAAGAUAACAAAAAGGAAAAAGAGGUUCAUGUAGCCCAAGAAGUGGGAGAAACUCCUGAAGCUCAGAAUUCCAAAAAGGAUGAAGAGGUUUCUGUCGACCAAGAAGCGGGAGAAACUCUUGAAGCUCCGAUUUCCAACAAGGACGAAGAGGUUUCAGUAGACCAAGCGGUGGGAGAAACUCUUGAAGCUCAGAAUCCCACUGAAAAUUCCAGCAAACCAGAGUCAAAGACGAAGAAGAUUACUAAAGCUUUGAAGGUGAAAAGAAAAAUCGUAAAGAAAUCUCCAGCGAGCAGCCAAAUGAAGACUAAUAAAAAUGGGAAAGGUAAUGAAAAGAAUGUAGAAGAUACCGUGAAGCCUGACAAAAAGGCAAAUGCUAAUGAAAGUAUCUCAAAAGCGGAGCAUAUCGAGAAGGGUGAAGAGACAUCUGUUAGCGAUAGAAACAAUUCCGAGUUCAAAAAUAGCAUCAAGGAACAGAACAAUAUUGAGAAGGUUGGCUCUUCAGAUAAGAGAUUAAAGAAUCAUAAAAGGAAAGAAAAGGAUAGAGCUCAAAUGAGUCGAAUAGAAGAUAAGAACGAAGAAAAUCUCGGCGGAUUGAUUUUCAUGUGCAGUGCGAAAACGAAGCCAGAUUGUUUUCACUACAACAUAAUGGGUGUUUCUGCUGGCAGAAAGGAUACCGUCUUAGCAAUCAAACCCGGGCUAAACCUAUUCCUUUAUGAUUUUGAUCUCAGGCUUCUGUAUGGGAUCUAUAAGGCAUCUUCUUCGGGUGGCAUGAAACUCGAGCCAAAGGCUUUUAAUGGAGCUUUCCCUGCUCAGGUGCGGUUCAAUGUUUACAAGGAUUGUUUUCCACUAGCUGAGAGCAUUUUCAAGAAUGCCAUCCAAGAGAACUAUUUUGAGAAGCACAAGUUCAAAGUUGAACUCUCUGUUAAACAGGUUCAGAAGCUCUCAGCACUUUUCCGUCCACUAGGACUCCUCUCGAGAUCGGCUACUAUUGGGUUCCUUCCAAAGGUGCCAAUUAGGGAUAGGAAAGUUCAUAGGAAAGUCGAAGACACUCGGAUUAGGAAUUCUAAGUCCAAGGGUGAUGCCAGGAACGAUCAAUCGUCAUCUCAUGGACGGGACCGACACCGAGAGGAGGCACCUAGACAUAGAGAGGAUGUUCCUCGCGAAUUGCACGUAAGCGAAAAGGACUAUCGAACUUAUGGUCUUCAGGUAGAAAGAAGAAAUUUAGAUCUUGUGCCUUUGCCACGGCCUUAUUUAGAAACAUACCACAGAGAUCAUGAUAGGGACUAUCAACUAAGACAUCUAGAGCAGCCACAGAGAGAAGUGGUUCGAUCGGAUCACGUACACUUUAAUGGAAAAGAUUAUCCAGUUUACAGUAUUGAUUCUAGAUCUCAAAUAUCACGGGCAAUAUCUGGUAGCGGUUUGGAACGACCUGCCUAUGAUCCAAUUUACACUCAUCAAUAUGGCCUUUCAUCGAUCGUCCCGUAUCUGCUUCCAUCAACGAGAGAGGAAGCUGCUGCUCCAAUGUAUUCAAGAAGUUACGUUGCUGAAACUGAGUCCAUGAGUCAUGCUGCUCGUGCUCUACCGUAUUACAAUCAGGUGCAUCACGUAAAUGUGGAGAGCGAUAUAAUGCCAGUUUCGUCGAGAUACUCAUUUCCUGGUCCAUCGUUCUCAUAUCGCUAACUGUGAUUACCAUUUUUAAGGUUCGGGUUGAGUUUCACUUGCAGACGUCGUCUGGAGUUCCAUAUGUAGCACAGGGACUUCAAUUGAGUAUCAAAUUAUUGAGUCUUAAAGACUCUCUGUGCAGUUGGAGUUCAUCUUA